AUGCCAGAAUAUGCUGGUGCAAGUUUCUGGCUUCCUUCAUGCAUUUGUGUACCAUUGCCAUGGAAAGAGCAGCUGAGGACAUUUUGUGCUGAUAUACCCAAAACACUUGAUGAUGUGACAUAUGAAAAAGUUUGUAGUGAAACUCUUGAUUCAUUGGCAGAAUAUUUUGAAGAUCUCAUGGCACAUGAAGUUAGUCCCAAUGAUGGAGAUGUAACUUAUGCUGAUGGUGUGCUCACUAUUGACUUUGGACAAAAAUAUGGCAUUUAUGUCAUCAACAAGCAAGCACCUAACAAACAGAUAUGGCUAUCCUCUCCAAAAAGUGGCCCUAAGCGGUAUAAUUAUAUAGAUGGUGCUUGGGUUUACAAGCGUGAUGGGAUGAUAUUGCAUGACCUCCUUAAGGAAGAGGAGACCGGAGGAGGCGAGAUAGAAGUGAGGAUCCAGGAGAUCAAAGGAGGCAGGACAGAAGUGAGGAUUCAGGAGAUCGAAGGAGGCGGGACAGAAGUGAGGAUCCAGGAGAUCAAAGGAGGCAGGACAGAAGUGAGGAUUCAGGAGAUCGAAGGAGGCGGGACAGAAGUGAGGAUCCAGGAGAUCGAAGAAGGUGGGACAGAAGUGAGGAUCCAGGAGAUCGAAGAAGGCGGGACAGAAGUGAGGAUCCAGGAGAUCGAAGGAGGUCAGACAGACAUGAGGGCAUGGGAGACCAAAGGAGGCAUGAUAGAAGUGAGGAUCUGGGAGAUCGAAGGAGGUGGGACAGAAGUGAAGAUCCAGGAGAUCACAGGAGGCGGGACAGAAGUGAGGACCCAGGAGUUCGAAGGAGACCAGGCAGAAGUGAGGGCCUGGGAGACAGAAGGAGGCAGGAUAGAAGUGAGGAUCCAGGAGAUCGGAGGAGGCGGGACAGAAGUGAGGAUCCAGGAGAUCAGAGGAGGCAGGACAGAAGUGAGGGCCUGGGAGACCGACGGAGGCAAGACAAAAAGGACAGUGAAAGCCGUCCAUCUCCGAAUCACUCACGGACUCAUUCUCCAACUAAACCAAAGCAGGAAGUCCUAA